GGGCGUGCUUCUUUGCUCACUUCACUUGCCUUUGUGCACAGCAGGACACGUUCAUAUUCAUUAUCCUUUCCAAUCAUCCCCAAUAUGGCGAAGGCAAUCGCCAUUGAGGAUAGCGACGUGGAGAUGGAGGAUCAACCCAAGACUAAAAAGCAGGCGACCGAAGCCCAGGAGGAGGGGGACGACCCACAGGAGAAUAGCAGUGAAGGCGAAGACGAGGAAGGAGAACCAGUGGAUGAGUACGAGAUUGAAGCCAUUCUCGGUCACAAGUAUAACAUGGCUCAGUUUGGGGGCCGGAUAGGCUAUCUGGUGAAAUGGAAGGGUUAUCCUGAUAGCGAGAACAGCUACGUGGACGAAAACGAUGCCAAAGGUGCUCAAGACUUGAUUGACGCGUACUGGAAACGAAACAAGAAGGGUCCUAAGCCCAAAGGUCGCAAAUCCGCUGUGUCUCCACGUGAGGAGUCUGAGGAAGUCGAGACUUCUCAGCCACCUCCAAAGAAACGGGGCCGGCCGCCCAAGGCGAGAACGCCGGAGACUCCUUCUGAAGAGGAGGCGGAAGAGGAACGACCAAAGGCGAAGAAACCUAAGGCUGCCCCCAGAAAGAGCACGGAGGCUGCGAAGCGCCGUAAGUCCCAGCCGACGGCUGAAGAGGAGGAGAACGGUUUGGAUGAAGAAUUGGGAAACAUGAAGAAGUGGUUGGAUGCUGCAAGCUGGGAGCAUCUUGUCGACACCAUUGACACUGUGGAGCGCACCAAGGACAACGAGCUCUACGUGUACUUUACUCUGAACAACAAAAGUGCGAAGAAAUCUGGGUUCAGGCGUUGCCGUGAGAAGUCCGCGAUUUGCAAGGAGAAAAUGCCCAUGAAGCUAUUGGAUUUCUACGAGAGUAACCUCCGAUGGCGAGAGGACACUGAUGAGCCAUGAGCUCAUGCUAAUUAAGUAGCCCAUCGCAAUGAAUCUUGCUUUUUGUUGAUAUUUUCUUGCCUCUUGUCUUGCCAUGCUUCACGCUUUCCUGUACGCUACCCUUAUUCUACUUCAAGCAUGUCUCCAAGUCCUCAUGUUCGUUGAUGUAUGGACAUUGUUCCCACGUUCAGAGCUGACUACUGGUUCUCGGUGUGCGAGGGAAUUUCCAAGAAAAAGCGCAGGUACAGGCACAUUAUGGUGCCGUCUAUCUGGCGUGUUCCUAUAUAUAAGGCACACGCAGUACAUGAAAAAGCCAAAACGAACAUAUUGAGAAUAAACAUAGUAAGGGUAACUGGGAAUAUCCAACAAUAGAACUACGAAACACUUGUCA